AGUUUUCCCACACUCAGUUCUUAGCAAUUGUUCGAUCGGUUCACAAGCGCCCGACAUAUUUUAGUGGUCCGGAAACGUGGCACGUGAAAAAUAUUAUCCAAUCAGUGUGUAGACUUUCGGAUUUAGAUAAGCAACCGGAGCAAUGAACUGCCAGCCGUCAAAUUGCGCCCUGUGUGGAGUGCCGUCCAGUCUGAAGUGCGCCGGCUGCAAACUGGUUGUCUACUGCAGCCCGGAACACCAGAAGAAACACUGGCGGAUGCAGCACAAGAACGAGUGCGCUAAGCCAUAUGAGAUUAUGCGGCACAACGAGAACGCCAAGCUGUCUCGCAACGAGGAAGUCGGUCGAUUCUUCCUGGCGACCGAGGAAAUUGCCAAGGACACGAUCCUCUUCACCGAAGCUCCCAUGGUUAUCGGCCCUAAAUGGAACCUAGCGGAGUACGAGCAGCGCUCAAUGACCGUUCCUUGCGUGGGAUGCUUUGCCGAUUGCCAGCUGGGAAUGUAUCGUUGCGAAGCUUGCCUAUGGCCAGCUUGCAAGCCAGACUGCCCUGGACUGGAAAACGCAAACUUGCAUGCGUUGGAGUGCGGAAUUCUAAGAUUUGGCUCUGGACCAAAACCCAGGGAUGAUCCGGAAGCUGUUUUUGACUACUAUCGAUACGAUGCUCUGUUGGCUCUGAAAUGUUUGGCGUUGCAAAUCCGAAACCGUCAGUUGUUUGAUCAGAUGUUGCAACUCGAAAGUCACUACGAAGCACGCAAAGGUACACCCUUUUAUAAGGAGGCUGACGAGCGAACCGUGCAAUAUCUGUUAAAGAACUUCCUCAAUCCACUGAAAAAGAUGGAGGAACAACAGGGUAAGACCGUGCUGCCGGUUUGUGAUGUAAAGACGCUACACAAGAUCAGUGGAAUCCUCGAAGUCAACGCCAUGGUCAUUCCGCUUUCCAAUGGAAGAGAAAUCUGCGGCCUGUAUCCUAUCGCUUGCAUGCUGGAACAUUGUUGCAUGCCAAAUUGCUUCUACACGUUUAACUGCACCAAAGGAAUGAAGCUGACCUUCAAGGCCGGAAGGAAUAUUAAGAAAGGUGAACACUUAACAACGACCUACACCCACUCUUUAUGGGGAACGCAGCAGCGUCGAGAUCAUCUCAAGGCCAACAAAUAUUUCUCAUGCUCCUGUGCCCGUUGCGCAGAUCCCACCGAACUGGGCACAUACCUCAGCGCUCUCAAAUGCAUGGGAAUCGACGGUAACGCCUGCGCUGGCUAUCAGCUGCCGAUCGACCCUUUGAAAGAAACCAGCGAUUGGAAGUGCAAUCAGUGCCCAAUCACAAUCGAAUCCGAUCAAGUCAACUUCCUUUUGUCCAAAAUCGGCGAAGAAGUGGACGACGCCAUGGAGCGCAAAUCAUCCGUCAAGCAACUCGAAGAUCUUAUCUCCAAGCUGUUGACCUUCCUGCAUCCGAAUCAUCACUUCUUACUGCAGCUCAAGCACUCGCUGAUCCAGAUGUACGGUCACUUCAAGGGCUACGCCACCAACCAACUUUCGGAUCGCAUCCUAGCGGAGAAGAUCGAGAUAUGCCGUCAAAUGACCAAGGUCAUCGAAACCUUGGAUCCGGAUUCGUUCCGGUUGAGUUUGUACUCAGCGGUGGUGUUCUUCGAGCAACAAUCGGCACUGGUGGAGAUCAACGAGCGGAAGAUACGUUCCGGGGUACCAAAGUUGGACGAAAGCGUCCAGAAGAACUACAACGAGGCGUUACAUUGUUUGAUGAGGGGCAAGAAGGUGUUGGUGAACGAGAUGGGCACGCAACAGGGGAAGAUAUUGUCAGAAGAGAUAGAAAAGGCCACCGAAAAAGUUGAGGCAAUUAUUGUGGCAUUAAAAUAGAGCUCGUCAUGAAGGUGAACGGAACGUUCUAAUAUUGCAAUAAAGCAAUUUUUAAUUUAUUGUUAGAGAUUAGGAAUAAUUGAUUGUUACAAAUAA